AUGCAAAGUAACGGCGCUAAACCGAAGCCAAAGCCGCAACAGACCGCGCAAACCGGGGUUUACAAAGUCGAUUCGAUAAAGGACAUUGCAGAUUCCGUAGGGAUUACGAUAAGUGACAGUGUUGCCUCCGCACUCGCUAGUGAUGUCGAGUACCGAAUCAACCAAGUUAUCGAGGAAGCAGCCCGCUUCAUGCGACACGGUAGGCGCACGACGAUGACGACCGCCGAUAUCGAACAAGCACUACGCGUUCUCAACAUUGAGCCACUCUACGGGCAUUCCUCAUACAACCCCACAACCUUCCGACGCGCGCUGCCUUUCCCACAAGUCCAAGCCGCCGGCCCCGUCUUCUUCGUCGAGGAUGAAGAAAUCGACUUUGACCGCGUCCUGCGCGAAGAAAAGAUCGCGCUGCCAAAAGGUGUCAGCUGGACGGCGCAUUGGUUGGCGGUGGAGGGUGUGCAGCCUUUAAUCCCAGAAAACCCGCCAGCGAUACCCCGAGACACGGAGGAUCCGACGGCGAAGGGGGACCUGCUGAAGGUCAAUGGCAUUGGUGGCGUGGGGGUCAAUGGCUCAAGCCUGCCGCUGACUGCGAGCAACCUGCCCACUGGUGCUGGUGCGAAGAAGCCUGCUGCAGGUACGGCGAGCCAGCAGCUUGUGAAGCAGGUGCUAUCGAAGGAGCUGCAGCUGUACUACGCGCGUCUCACAGGCUCGUUACUGCCUCCGUCAACGGACCCUACGUCACCAAAGCGGGCGGCUGCACUUGCAAGUCUGAGGAACGAUGCGGGUUUGCAGGCCCUGCUACCUUACCUUGUGCGAUGGGUAGGUGAGGGCGUUGUUGGGGCGCUGAAGGAAGGUUCUCAAAGCGAGACAGAGGGCAACGUGCUAGAGGUGCUGCUGGAUGUGAUCGGCGCGAUCUUGGACAACAACACCCUAUUCAUCGAGCCUUAUCUGCACCAACUCCUCCCCCCGAUCCUCUCCAUCCUCCUACACUCCUCCUUACCCGCAAGCCACUCGACACAACUCCGCACAACGGCCUCGCAAACCCUCUCCAAGCUCCUCACCCAACACUCAACGACCUACCCCUCCCUCUCGCCACGUAUAAUGAAGACCCUCCUCCUCGCGCUCAUCUCGCCAGGAAAGGGCUACGGUACGCGCGAAGGCGCCAUCCGCGGGCUCGUCGGCGUCGGUAAGGAAGCUGUUCGGAAGGGCCUGGUGGAAGGAGGAGGCGCGAAGGUCGUCGCGGCGGAGUGGGAGAGCAAUAGUGGUGGGAACCAAUCUUAUAGUCUGGUAACUUCUGUCAUGGACGCUCUGCGCGUGCUUCAACCGACAUCAGACAUGGCGGAUGGCCUCGAUCCAUCAAAAGAGGCAGACAAUGCUAUCCUCAGCAAGCUGAACGACGUCCUGGGACCGUUCUUUGCGUCCCGAGUAGCCGAAGAUGCUGCCUGGACGCGAGAGAUUCUCGGCAUGCCAAAUUCAUAG